AUGACUACCAUUCAGGACAUGCCCUACACUACCAGCACAAUGCACCCAACGAUCAUCCGAAAGCAAACAUCACUAAACAAUCUGUUGGAGGCUGCAAUCCAGGAACUGUUUUAUAAACCUCACCACGUAUUUAAACAGUCCUUGCCAUCUCCAGUAUCAUCAAAGAUCGCUCUGAACGGCAUCACGAAGAAAUCCAAUGGUACAUCAAGGAAACGUGUCUCCUUCUCGGAUAGUGUCAGCAUAAUCAGCUUCACUGGCCACAACUCCCAUCAUGUAGCUUCUGUGUCUCCAUUCUCGGCGUGUGGAACUCCAGACAUACCGGAAUCUGGCCUAUUCAGUGAAAUCAUAACAACGGAUUGCGCCUAUACCACGUACUAUCGUAUUCCAGAAGGGAUCAAGGCAGAUCAGCUAGUUAUAACGCUUGUGCAAACCAGGAAUGAAAUCACGAUAAACGGACCGGACUCGAUAGAUGUAACGACUAUACUACCGCAUGAUGCAGACUUGAAGACUGUCAAAGUAGACGUAUACCAAGGGAACACAUUGGCUGUGACUAGUACGUCUGAGAACGUGAAUACUCAAUAUGUUGUUGCGUACUCUGGACUUGGAAACCAACGAUUAAUUACACAUUGUAUGGAAGCUGCCAUCUUCUACACACUCGUAAUCGCCGUAUCUGUUGCACUAAUCGCUUGGCAGUAUAACAACCACGCUACAACAACAACAGACAGGAAGAUUCAAGCUACCGUGAAAGAGCCAUCAAUUGGAAAAGAAUCAGUUUCGACUGUUAACAAGCCAAAACAACCGAAUAUGACCAUAGCCGGAAUCACAAUCCCUGCAAAGGGCAAACAUCUUGCCACACUAAUCUUCUUGCAUGGUCUUGGAGACUCAGGACAAGGAUGGGCUCCAGUUGGACGAAUGAUACAACCUCAACUACCACAUGUAAAGAUGAUCUUUCCUGAUGCACCAACACGGCCAGUGACUGUAAAUAACGGCUACCGCAUGCCUGCCUGGUUUGAUGUGUAUCAGCUUGGAGCUGCUGCAAGAGGAAACACACGAGUUGAUACUGAAGGAAUGAACGAGACUUUGAAAUCCAUAAACAGUUGGAUUAGUGACGAGAUCGAAGCUGGCAUACCUGCAAGCCGAAUCGUCAUUGGUGGAUUCUCGCAAGGAAGCGCAAUGGCUUUAUUACACGCUGUGACAUCAGAACGCAAGCUGGCGGGAUAUAUUUCUUUAUCUGGUUGGUUAUCUCGUCCUGAAGCGAUUGAACAAUCUCCUGGCGCCAACAAGGAAACACCCAUAUUCAUGGGUCAUGGCGACUCUGAUGAAGUCGUCUUGCAUCAUCUGGGCGUAAAGUCUUAUGACGCUUUAAAGACUGCAGGAUGGAAUGUUUCAUGGAAGACGUAUGAGGAUAUGGGUCACUCUGCUAGGGAAGAUGAGUUUGAAGAUAUCACAAAGUUCUUGCUAAAAAAUCUGCAUGCCGAAUAA